AUGGUUUUAAUUGUUUAUGGGUUCCCAAAUGCGAUAUCUGCAUUAAGAUUUGAAUGGGCAUGGCAAAAUCCAAACUUAUCACGUCGACUCAAAGAUUCCCUACCAAUUAGAAAAUCAAGAGAAACCAGUUUUGACUACCGUUUACGCGUAUUAGCAUUGAUGUUAUGCUCAGGACCUUGGAACCGUCUGGGUUUAACUAUUCAGUGGAUCAAACAGUCAUAUGCACGUAAUUUAUCGGAAAAUUUGGUGCCUCCUCUACACAUGCCAAUAGCCUUUGGACCCAUUGACUCAAACUGUUCAGAAAAUCCCAGUACUAAAGUCGCGUCAUUUGGUCUUUGUCAGAUUUGUAACAUUCCAUUUUCAGUUGAUUCUUCAGUACCACUUACUUGUCCAAGUUCUUGUCCUCUUGGUCAGUGGCACUUAUUAUGUCUAGCAAACUAUAUGACUCAGGCUGAAACUGUGCCUGAUCGUUUGGAAAUAUCAUACUUGAUACCUUUGUCUGCCUCAUGUCCUGCAUGCCUCAAUGCUGAACUUCUAUGGCCAUCACUUAUAAAAUCAUGGAAAAUGAAAACAAUCGCUUCUAAACAUUCUUGUUCGUCUACCAGUUUGUGAACUGCUCACUAGUAG